UACCCCCGAAAUGCAUCAAGCUAAUGGACAGGCUGAGCGGUACAUUCGCACCGUACUGAACAUGAUUCGCAUCGAGUCCAGGAAUAAUAAGAGUUCGUGGUCACAGAAUUUAUGGAGGUUACAGCUAGUAAUCAACAUAACAAAACACAAGACCACGCAAAGGUCGCCCCUCAAUCUCCUUAUUGGCACGGAUGCUACCACACCUGUCAUACGUGCCCUCAUAAGGGAUGUAGCUGUGGAAGGAUCUCAACCCAAUCGUGAGUCCUUGCGCGAGUUGUGUAGAAGUCGUGCUAGUCAGCUACUUCGGAGAAACCAAGCACAGCAGGAUUCCAGGGUAAACCAGCAAAGACAUCUACCGCGGACCUUUGAAGUUGGUGACCUAGCCUUCGUCAUCAAGUACUCCCAAUCUACUGGCAAAGUGGAUCCUGGCAUGAGAGGUCCUUACAAAGUCAUCAGGGUCCUACCCAGCGGGCGCUACGAGCUGAAGCUGCUCAGUGGAGCCUACGGCAAAACGACGCAGGCGGCAGCCGAAUAUAUGGUGCCGUGGCGAGGGGAAUGGUGCCCCAAGUCGUGUGCAAGCUUCUUUGAAGACGAUGCCGAUGCCAGCGAUCAUGCCAAUGGAGACCGGAGUGCUGAUGUCAGGGCUGAUGCGAGUCAUGAUGCCACUACGGGUGCGACUGCCGAAGCCAACGACCAAGCUGUUGCUGAGUCGUCCAACCAAAGCUGAUUUGAAGAAUGGCCGAAGACAUCCCUGGUGCCCGAGGACGGGACACCGUCAGGAGAAGCCGUAUUAGGGUUUAGGGUUAAGAAAAAUGAACAACGGCCCCCGUCCGCCACCGAGCCUAUAUAAGGCGCAGCGCGCGCUCAGCCGGUUUCACUUUUUCGUGGCUCCCGGUGCGUGCGUAUGGUAAAGCGAAGGCGUUCUCGGUAUCGUUGCUCCUUUUUCUUUCUCUUGUGUUCAUUGCUUUAUUUGAUUGCUAAAAGUGUCUUAUUAAUUAACGUGUGUAAAUAUUUCGUGUUGAUUGUCAUUUUAGUGGUUACAAAUUGAUUAAAUAAGAGCUAGUGUGUAAAUUUAUCGGAUAUCAUGAUUAUUUGUAAUUAAAA